AUGGCACAGAGAGAUCAGCUGGACCGAGAAUCCUUCUCCUGUUCGAUCUGUCUGGAUCUACUGAAGGAUCCGGUGACUAUUCCCUGUGGACACAGCUACUGUAUGAGCUGUAUUAAAGGAUUCUGGGAUGGAGAGGAUCAGAGGAAGAUCUACAGCUGCCCUCAGUGCAGAGAGGCCUUCACACCGAGGCCUGUCCUGAAGAAAAACACCAUGUUAGCAGCUUUAGUGGAGCAGCUGAAGAAGACUGGACACCAAGCUGUUCCUGCUGAUCACUGCUAUGCUGGACCUGAAGAUGUGGCCUGUGAUGUCUGCACUGGGAGGAAGCUGAAAGCCUUCAAGUCCUGUCUGGUGUGUCUGGCCUCUUACUGUGAGAAUCACCUCCAGUCUCACUAUGAAUCACCUACAUUUAAAAAACACAAGCUGGUGGAGCCCUCCAAGAAGCUCCAGGAGAACAUCUGUUCUCGUCAUGAUGAGGUGAUGAAGAUAUUCUGCCGUACAGAUAAGAAGAGUAUCUGUUAUCUGUGCACUAUGGAGGAUCAUAAAGGCCACGACACAGUCCCAGCUGCAGCAGAAAGGACUGAGAGGCAGAGAGAGCUCGAGGUGAGUCGACUAAACAUCCAGCAGAGAAUCCAGGACAGAGAGAAAGAUGUGAAGCUGCUUCAACAGGAGGUGGAGGCCGUCAGUCGCUCUGCUGAUAAAGCAGUGGAGGACAGUGAGAAGAUCUUCACUCAGCUGAUCCGUCUCCUCCAGAAAAGAAGCUCUGAUGUGAAGCAGCAGAUCAGAUCCCAGCAGGAAACUGAAGUGAGUGGAGUCAAAGAGCUUCAGGAGAAGCUGCAGCAGGAUAUCACUGAGCUGAAGAGGAAAGACGCUGAACUGAAGCAGCUCUCACACACAGAGGAUCACAACCAGUUUCUACACAACUACCCCUCAAUGUCACAACUCAGUGAACCUACAGACUCAUCCAGCAUCAAUAUCCGUCCUCUCAGAUACUUUGAGAAUGUGACAGCAGCUGUGUCAGAGCUCAGAGAUAAACUACAGGACAUCCUGAGGGACAAAUGGACAAACAUCUCACUGGCAGUGACUGAAGUGGACGUUUUACUGUCAGAACCAGAACCCAAGACCAGAGCUGAGUUCUUAAAAUAUUCAUGUGAAAUCACUCUGGAUCCAAACACAGUACACACAGAGCUGUUAUUAUCUGAUGAGAACAGAAAAGUAGAAUAUAAAGGUCAACAGUCUUAUUCUAAUCACACAGACAGAUUCACUGAUGAGUGGCAGGUCCUGAGUAGAGAGAGUCUGACUGGACAUUGUUACUGGGAGGUGGAGUGGAGAGCAGGAUGGGGAGGAGUUUAUGUAGCAGUCGCAUACAAGAAUAUCAGCAGAGCAGGAAAUGAAUCUGCAUUUAGAUGUAAUGACAAAUCUUGGUCUUUAUAUUGUGGCACUGACAGUUAUGUAUUUUACUUCAACAACAUUGAAACUCGCGUCUCAGGUCCUGGUUCCUCCAGAGUCGGAGUGUACCUGGAUCACAGAGCAGGUAUUCUGUCCUUCUACAGCGUCUCUGAAACCAUGACUCUCCUCCACAGAGUCCAGACCACAUUCACUCAGCCUCUCUAUGCUGGAUUUAAUGUUGGUCUUUAUUCCACAGCUGAGUUGUACAGAUUCACUUAUCAUUAUCAGGUCCUGAGUAGAGAGAGUCUGACUGGACGUUGUUACUGGGAGGUGGAGAGGAGAGGAGGAAGAGUUCGUUUAGCAGUCGCAUACAAGAAUAUCAGCAGAGCAGGAAGUGAAUCUAUAUUUGGAUAUAAUGACAAAUCUUGGUCUUUAUGGUGUUACACUGACAGGUAUGAAUUUUACUUCAACAACAUUAAAACUCCCGUCUCAGGUCUUGUUUCCUCCAGAGUCGGAGUGUACCUGGAUCACAGAGCAGGUAUUCUGUCCUUCUACAGCGUCUCUGAAACCAUGACUCUCCUCCACAGAGUCCAGACCACAUUCACUCAGCCUCUCUAUGCUGGACUUUGGGUUUACGGUGGAUCCACAGCUGAGUUGUUGGUCGGAGGUUGGCGGGCCGUGAUGGGGCCGCCGGGGGACGAGCUGGCGGCCGCAGAAACGUUCCGCUGUGAGACGGAGCUGAUCCUGCAGCUGGCGGUGCAAUCUGCGGUGUGCGUCCUACAGGAGAGGACGGGACAUGCGGGGGAGGACCGCACGGACAGCCUG